UGUUGCCGUCUUGUUCCUUUUUUUUGCGCUGUCACCAACGAAGGCUCUUCUUGAUAAAAGCCCUCGACGCAGCUCCUCCAGAAAAGGCCAGUGAUCGUCCCCAUCCUUGACUCACACUCGCUCAUCAAUCCUACACUGCGAGUCUUCUCAUAAGCUCUUGUUCAGAAUCAUCAUGUCGAGCACUUCGAGUUCCCGCUUUGAUCUUGGAGAUCAUGUCCAAGAUCAGGACCUCUCUGAAGAGUAUCUGUCUUCGUCGUCCCGCGACUAUUCCGCCGGCAGCUCGCCGCUUACCACUCCUGCGCUGUCCGAUGAGGAAUUCGACUUUGAUGUGCCCGAAGAUGCCCUCCUUGAGGAGAGGUCGACAACACAGGCGCCAGCCGAUGGUUCGGAGAAGUACAUCAUGGUGAUUGGUGGUCUUGGGUAUAUCGGCUCCCACACAACACUUGAGUUGCUUCGUGAGGGACACAAUGUUAUCGUGGUGGACAACCUGAGCAACAGCUACAAGACCGUUCUGAAGAACGUCAAGAUGCUGGCGGCCCAUCACUGCAAGGUCAACAACGUUCCCAUGCCCCGUCUUCGCUUCUUCCGCGUCGACUACCGCAGCAAGGCGAUGCAUGUUCUCCUGGAGAGAUACAGCAACUUGGUGAUGACGGUGGACGCUACGUCGGGCAAGCAGGUUGUGUCGUGCCAGUCCCGGAUUGCGGGGGUGAUCCACUUUGCGGCAUACAAGUCGGUCGUCGAAAGCAUCAAGCAGCCCCUGCGCUACUAUCGCAACAACGUGUGUGGACUGGUCAACCUGCUACAGGAGCUGGAGCGUUUCAACAUCCGAAACUUUAUCUUUAGCAGCUCGGCCACCGUGUACGGAUCCAAGGCUAACGCCGGCCUGCCACUGAAGGAGGAGGACCUCGUGCACCACCAGGUCAAGACACAGAACGAGGCCGGAGAGACGACCAUCGUUGAGCCAACCAUUGAGGGUUUGUCGUGCCCGUAUGCGCGCACCAAAUACUUUGGAGAAGCGAUCCUGGCGGAUGUGGCCGAGGCGGACCCCGAUUGGCGUAUUGUUGCGCUCCGUUACUUUAACCCCGUUGGAUGCGACCCUUCUGGUGUGUUGGGCGAGAGCCCGCGCGGGGAGCCGACCAACCUCUUCCCAGUGCUGACGCAAGUCCUCAAGGGCGACCGCUCGAACCUCAAUGUAUUCGGAUCUGACUGGCCGACUCGUGACGGUACUGCGAUUCGCGACUUUAUUCACGUUCUCGAUGUUGCCCGUGGACACAUUGCGGCGCUCAACUGGAACUCGAAGAAGGGCAACGGAUUCUCGACCUUCAAUCUUGGCAGCGGUACGGGCACGACAGUUCUCGAGGCGGUUCGCAGCUUGGAGCAGGCGGCUGGUCGCGAGAUCCCCCUCGCCCUCGUUGACAGGCGGCCUGGCGAUGUCGGCAUGUGUGUCGCUUCGACGGAGCGUGCGGCUAAGGAGCUCGGGUGGUCGACUCGCGAGAGCAUCACCAAGUGCGCUGCUGACCUAUGGAACUACGUGUCCAAGGUAGCGUUGAGGUCGUAACGGACACGUCAUGACGUUGAUCCCUCCUCCCGUUCCCCCCUUUCUCUUUGGUUGAUGAUAUCCCGAGCGCAACAGCGAAGCGAAGCGAGUUGUUGGCGUCUUUCUUAUUCCUCUGUUUCUCUCGACUGUCUGGGUCUGGCUUUUAGGAUGGGAAAAUAUCCGGUUGGCAUCUUUUCUGGGCUGCUUCUUUUUUAGUUGGUGUUAUUCGCGUCCGGGGUACAUAUGGGUAUUUACAUUGAACAAAAGGGUCGCUGGUUGCAGGCAUGAUUUUGUUCCUUCGGUUCUUUUUGUUGUUGUUGCAGUUCAAGUUGUAGACUGUAGAUACUCUGAUUGAUGAUGAUAGUUGACGGAAAGAAAUUGAAGUUGAUGCGAAAAACUUUUCACUCUCCUCUCAUGUUCCAACCUCCAAUUUUGGCAGUCGCGGUGGCGAUGUCUCAUCCUC